AUGAGUGAACGAAAACUGGAUGGCAAGGUUGCCAUCGUCACCGGCGGGGGUGCCGGCCUGGGCGCUGAAUGCGCCCGCUCGCUGGCUGCGCACGGCGCCCGAGUCGCUGUGGUGGACAUCCAUUUGGCUGGUGCUCAGUCGGUGGUCGCUGAGAUUCAGGCGGCGGGCGGUGAGGCGGUGGCGAUCCAGACCGAUCUGACCUCCGAGGCGGAGGUCGUCGCGAUGGUGUCUGCCGUGGUGCAAGCAUAUGGACAGAUCGAUGUACUGCACAACAACGCAGCCGCGUUGGAUCCUGCCCAACGUGCCGGUGAUCGUGACGUGUGCAACGUGGACAUUGCGGCGUGGGACCGUGCCAUGAACGUGAAUGCGCGCGGUGCCAUGCUGUGCUGCAAGCACACCAUCCCCCACAUGCUCAAAACCGGGGGUGGGUCCAUCAUCUUUGCCACCUCUGGUUUCGGAUUGCUGGGUGACGUGACGCUCACCGCCUACGCAGCCUCCAAGGCGGCCCUCAUGGCGCUGGCGCGUUCGGUGGCCGCGCAGUACGGGAAGCAGGGCAUUCGAUCCAACGCCAUCAUGAUCGGCUUCGUCCUCAACGAGCACGCACAAAAAGGCGUGCCCGAAGAGAUCAAACAGCUGCUGCUCGAACAACACCUGACGCCACAACUCGGUUCCCCCCAGCAAAUCGCCGAUGUGGUGAGUUUCCUGGCGAGCGACGAGUCCUCCUUCAUCACCGGUGCGGUGAUACCGGUGGAUGGUGGUUUCACCAGCCACUCUCCGUCCAUGGUGCCCAUGCGCGAAUUCUUUGCACGCAUGGGUUCCAACAAACUUUGA